GAUCUUUUCAUCAAACAACAAGCAUACUUUAGACUUGCAACCUCAAAAAAGACAUAAAGGGAAGCUAUGUCCUCGUCAUCAGCGCAGCACGCGACACACGCAGACGUUAUCAACGUCUCAAAUGAAGGCUUGCGGCGAAUAUACGAUCAGAAACAGGCCAUUCUCGAGAAACUGGAAGAACAAUACACACACCUUGUGUCCUCACACAAAGCCUAUGCGGAAUUGGGGGAUAGAGUGGAGUAUUCUUAGAGGAUUGCUUCCUUGACCUAGAAGAAGUAGACCUGGAUUUUCAGAGAUGAAGAUAAAGAUUUCUUUUAUCCUGUACGGUUUCGAUGUUGUUCUAGUACCAAAAUGAAAAACCCAUCUUCCAGAAUGCUCGAAAAGCUAAUAGGGCAUGCUGGUGACGGCACACAACUUCUGAAGUCGGCUGCGCUUUGGGGCUUAUCACACAGUUUACGAGACGCCUUUCAAGCCGUAAGGCAGCAAGAAGAUGCAGCUAAAGAACAAAAGAAAAGUGGGGUUAUUCAACAACGUACAACUCUCAUCUGCAAUUUGCAUGCAUUCAUAUUCAUGAUUAUCUAAAUGACUCUAUCUCUAUGACGGCAUCCAUGAUUCAAAGAAACAAUUAUAGAUACCAAAAAAAAUCAAAACUGCAGAUCAAGCAUCGGCAGAGACGUAUGAGGCGCCCACGAGAUACGUCAUGGACCCAGAGGACAAUACGAAAUUUACUUUGCGACUAGACGACACUCGAGAUAUGGUCCUCCCAAAAACGAGGCCUAUCGUCAGGCAGCAACCACCAGCUCCAACUUAUGACGGGAGAUGGUUUGAUUAUCUUAGCAUGCGAGACACUUUCACACCUAACUGUUGUAAAUCGUGACUUCCAUGCCCACUGCUCCUACGUCUUCGUUUAUUGAGCACAUUCGUCGAGGGCUCGAUGCCAUGAUUUCAAACGCAUGAUUCUAUCUGCUUUUCGUCUAUGUCAAUUUCUAGUCCUCUCAACACCCCUUUCGACUCCUCCUCCUCCUCCUCCUCCUCCUUUCGUUCCUCUAACCUCCCGUGCCUCAAGUGUACCAGGCACAAGGACCUCCUUUUGCGCAGGUGCAUGUCCACACUGGUGACGGAACGUAUGUUAAUAGGGAACACUUUUCAUCUAUAUUUGAGCAAAAGCCGAAACCACGCUCAAGAUUCUACGAUGGAAGCGGAAUUAUGGAGGGGUUGGCGGGAGUUGAUCAGUGAGUGUGAGCUACGGACUGAUAUGUUGGAUGAGGAUGCCUAGUGACGAUGUCCACAGUAUGUUGACUGAUGCUUCUACCUGUAAUACCUUAUCCUUGCACCUCGUGCUUUUCGUUUUUUCGCCGUUCCAGUAUUCGUUAAUAAUUCUACAUGAUGCUACAUGUGCAUAUUUCUGUGCUGGAGGUCGCUCUUCAAGAGCACCAGCAGAGCGCGACAUCUGAGUUGCCGCAACAUCA